AUGGACCCAGCCAAACCAUUCCCAAUACUCCGUCUACCGUUUCUAGCAAUUGGAGAAGCUUUCAAAGCGAUGCACCCAUUUGAGAUAAUAAACUUCUCAAUGAUUAGCAAACGGACAAAAGGAAUUGCAAAGCAGAUGAGUUUCUAUCCGAGAUAUAAAAUAGAUAUUCAUAUAAAAGAAACUCUUGAAAUCUGGUUUUUUGGAACAAGAAAUAUGGCCGCUUAUGUAAUGACAUCAGAUAAAGAAAUGGAUGGAAAGAUUGAGGAGAAUGAAAUUGGUCGGAGCAUAUUUCCGGUUCCAUUAAUUUUUCGAAAGGUAUUCAAGUAUUCGAAAGAUCCCGUGGAUGAAUGGAAACUGUUUGGUAAAUAUGUAUUGGAAAUAUUCAAGAAGCAUACAAUUAAUGAUUUAUUAAUGACUAUGGAUGCAUUCGUAGAUCAUAAUGUUUCAAUUAUUGAUUUUUUGAAAGCCAAUUCGAAGUCAGUGGACAGAUGCACUGUAUCUCAAUGGAAUAGAGAGAUCAAUGUAGAUGAGCAUACUGCUUAUCUCCUCGAUAAUAUACAAAUUAAUUCUGAGUUAUGUACCGAAGUAUACAUUAAAAGUAUCAAAUUCAAUGGAAAAUUUCCAAAAAAUCUGGAGGACUUACAUAUCAAGAAUUCGGAAUGGAUUGGAUAUGAGAGUCUGUUGGAAAUAGAUUGUAAAAGUGUGAUUUUUGACAAUAAUCGAAUCUCGGAUGAACAAUGGAAUUUGUUUAUCAAAAAAUGGAUUGCAAUGGAGACUCAUUUAAAUCUUGUAUACUUGCAACUCAUUUAUAGAAAUGUUGAAAAUUUCAGAGCACUUGUAUUGCAUGACAUUCCUCAUGAAGUGGUGGAUGAAGCAGUCAAAAGAACUUUCAAGACCCGACGCAAUUGUAUUCGAGAGCUAAACGGAGGCAUCGACAUUCGACGUCACGAUGGGAAGACUGCCACACUCUUUGUGUUUGGCCCUGGAUUGCAUGGAAGUUUCUUGAUGUGUGUUCACUGA